CGGUAGAAUACAAAACAUGGGGAAAAGAGAAGAGAUAAUCUAUUAUAAAAGGGGAUGUAAUAUGCCCCGGAUUCCCCAGGCUUUUGGUGGUUAGCUAGGAUAUACACUUGAAAUGCAACACGGACAGUAUGCAGCGCCACGACCCUUCCAACGCCGCCAGUGCAGAUAAGCGCAAUAGUGUAGGCACAGCCAAUGGUGUUGAGUACGCAGCCAAAGUCGAUGAAGCUCAAGGCUCUGCACGCAUGAAAGUGUAUGGCGACGCUGAACACAUCACCUACACGGAGGAGGAGAACAGGCGGGUCCUUCGGAAGAUUGAUCUCAUCUUGCUCCCCAUGCUUUGUGGAUGCUACAUGUUUUCGUUCUUAGACAAGACACUUCUCAACUAUGGCUCCAUCUUCGGCCUCAAAGAGAGUUUGCAUCUCAAAGGCAGCAACUUUAGCUGGCUAGGCAGCUUAUUCUAUAUUGGUUACCUACUUGGUGUAAUGACCUGGGCCAAACUGGUCCAGCGUUGGCCUCAACAUGCGGGCAAGUUCAUCACUGGAGCAAUGCUUACUUGGUCGACCAUUACUCUGCUCAGCCCUCUCUGCAACAGCUUUGCCGGCAUGGCGACAGCUCGCUUCUUCCUUGGAGCCGUCGAAAGUAUCAUUGGUCCCGUCUUCGUCAUUGUCACUAGCAACUGGUGGACUCGCCAGGAACAAGCCUUGCGAACUGCAUUUUGGCUUAGCGGCACUCCAAUCGGCAACUUCUUUGGCGGUCUGCUGACGUAUGCACUCGGCACAGUGCACGGAGCAAUACACACAUGGAAAAUCUUUUACCUUUUUUUCGGCGCCUUGAGCUUUGUCUUUGCCUUGUUGGUAUUCUGGUUAAUGCCAGAUAACCAGGCGAAUGCCAGGUGGCUCAACGAGCGUGAGAAGAAGGUGGCUAUUGAGAGAGUGCGAAAGAACCAGAAUGUCACCUCGGACGACCAGUGGAAGUGGCCACAGUUCUGGGAGGCCCUACGCGACCCUCAAACUAUAUUGUUCUUUAUUACAGCCGUAGGAAACACGAUGCCAUCCACAUUCGCCAGUCAAUUCUCCAGCCAAGUCGUUGCUGGCUUUGGUUUCACCAAACUCCAAACUACGCUAGUCUCGACAUGCCCUGCCGCCACUAUCCAGUUUGCUUCCUUCAUCAUUUUCUCCUACUUCGCCUCCCGGUUCAAGAAUAUCUCCUUGAUUCUCAGCAUGCUUUGCUCUGUUCCGCCUUUGAUUGGUGCAACUCUCCUACAUGCGCUGCCUCUGGAAAAUCAGGCUGGGAGGCUUGCGGGAUAUUAUCUCACUUACACCCAUUCGCUGUCAUUUACUCUCAAUACUGGCUUAAUUGCGUCUAACUUUGCGGGCAACACGAAGAAGACAACUGCGUCUGGUCUCAUCUUUGCAGGGUGGGCUGCCGGGUUGAUAGCGGGCCCUCAAUUCUUUCUGGCUUCUCAGGCACCUGUUUACGAACUCGCGUUUAGAAUGUUGAUGGUUACCUAUACGCUCAUGAUCGUGGUCCCCAUGUUUCAGAUUGCGUGGUACCGCUAUGAAAAUGCUCGCCGUGACCGCAUGAUGAGAGACUUCGUCGGGGCAGAUGGAGUGCUUGAGGCGGAGUUUACGGACAAGACGGAUUUCGAGCAGUGGGAGACAUACAGAUACAUUAUGUAAAACAGAUAGUUCAAUCAGUCUAUUAUUUGAUGCUACUGGCUAGUUUUCUAGAUGAUGAAUCUGCCCGUCACCUUAUCCAUGGUAUCACAAAUAUCAGUGCCCGUUGGUAGCCUCAGCAUUGCCUCGAGCAACUCACGCCCCUUUUUGACGUACACACCCCAUUUCUCAGCGUGUCUAAAUAGUUCCAGUAUCCAGUGUAUGUGUACGGGAUCAGACGUUGUCAAUCCGGCGAUAAAGAGAGAGGACGGCAGCAUAGACGAUGGGGAUUCGGUACGUGACGGGUCAUGCGUGAUCUUCAACUGGCAGUUCAUUACCUUGGAAAUGGAAUGAUUGAAAUCAAACGACGAUAGUGGCUGUGGUAUAAAGGGUUGGUUAGCUGGUUAUUAUUCGACCAUGAAGGGGUUAGAAACUUGCAUAAACAAGAUAAAGGUAAAGUAGCGCCGAGUGGAGGGCAGAGAGUACAAUAUAGUAUCCGUAUGCAGUUGGGCUGAGUACGCGAUGCUCAAUUAGAGCACUUUCGGUUUCAGAAGUGUCCAAUUUUGACUGCAUCGCAACAUUCCACCGGUCAAUCUCCUGCUGAAUAUCCUUGUAUAGUGCUGUAAUCUCGUCUGUCCGUACUGGUGCCUGAGUGAUAACCUCGCUUGUAAGCUGCUCGUACAGUCUUACAUCCAGGUCUGCAACUCGCAUGCGGAGAAUUCCUGCACGAAGGAGGUUAAGCAGCGCGUAAUCCUCUGUUACCACAAUGGGCGGUGAAUGUCUUGCAAAAAGCGAGGAAAACGUAGGCAUCGUUCGGAGGAGAUUGACGAGCUGCCCGCCACCGAGACGGUGGAGCGAUGCGCGCCCAUCAAGUAUCGCUAGUCGCACAAGAAUGCGUUUUGUCAAUGGCGAUAUUGUGUCUUUUUCAGCAGCACCUGCUUCAUUAUCACGCUUUGUCGAGACAAUUUCAACAGCGGCUGUGAUGAGCUUGAGAAACGAAUCAACGCCAGAGGCUAGCAUGUGAACGGUCUUAGCACGCACAAACAGUGCUGAGAGCAAGCCAUCUAUCUCAACGUUUUCAGCCUGUCGGAACUUGUCAAAUGACUCUUCAGCAAGUCGUGACAGGGAGGCGGCCUGGGCAAGGUAUAAUGGGUCGUCCAAGGCAAGGUGAGACGCAGAAAAGGCCAGGAUGGCAUGAAACAGAGGCGGAAAGUGUAGUGAUUGGGUAAACGCGGAUAUGAAGAGAUUGUUUGAGUAUUUGGAAUUGUCGUCUACCUUAGCAUAGCCAGUCAUGACGUCCAAGUAAUGCUGGAUGAGAUGGCGGUUGUUGGCACCAAUAGACGUGCUGCCUAUGGCUUCAGUCACAUCGCCACCACUGCUAGACUCGGAAGCAGCUGUAAUCGUAGCAUCUUCGGUUACUGUCUCGGAUAAGUUCAAAGUCGGCGUCAAGGUUAGCGACGGCCAAGAACUAAAAUGCGCCGUUGGUGAGUCGGUGUCGUAUAGUAGACUUGAUGUAUCUAUGGCAGGCAGUGGUACAAACUCCAGGCCUUCGCCCACCAGAUGCAGAUCAAGCGAAUUGUACAAGAGGCCAAAGUCGACAUCAAAGGCGAGACCAUCGACGUCACCAAUCGCGUCAACGGGGUUCUGAGAGACGCGACUCUGCUGGGCUGCGCUAUCUGUAGCAGGUCUCGGCGGUAUCUCAGCAGAUAGCCCGGUAUCACCGUCUCUCGUAAUGCUACUCUCUUUUGGACUACCGAUCUUGCCUGGCUCUUCCGUGCGAGAGCGCUGGCCGACCGCACGCCUUCGCUUAGGAGGCGGGACAUACUCUUCACCAGGGACCGGAGCAAGCCAUCGACACUGGAAACCAAGUCGUUGGCAAUUGGAGCACGAGGAUCUCGGGCCAUUUGUGCCCUGGCAUUUUACUUUUCGUGUUUUACAUGUAUGGCAGCCUGUUG